AUGGCAACCACGUUUGACCGGGAGCUCCAUACGCGCUAUUUCCUCAAGAAUCUGCGGUCGCUGCCUGAGCCGUACGCAUCUCAGGACUCGCAGCGCGUGGUGUUGGCUUUCUUCUGCAUCCACGGGCUGGCACUACUGGAGGAACUUGAGCUCGUUGACAAGUGCCAGAUCAUUGAGUGGGUCUAUAGUCUACAGGUGUCUCCAGACUGCCGCGACGUCAGCCUCAAUGCGGAUGACUGCGGUUUCCGGGGCGGCACCUUCAUGGGGAACACCUUUGGUUGCCCACCGUCCCAGUUUCAAAGCGAGGUGUACGACUCGAGCAACAUCGCGUCGACCUUCGCUGCGCUCUGCAUCCUCCGGACGCUUGGCGAUGACCUCAGUCGAGUGAACAAGGCCGCAAUCAUUGGAUCUUUAAAACAUUUACAGAACAAAACGACAGGAUGCUUUUCGUCAGCAAACGCUGGAUCGGAAGAAGAUAUGCGCUUCGUCUACUGCGCCUGUGCCAUAUCUUACAUUCUGGAAGACUGGUCCGGUGUCGAUCGGGUGGCGAUGGUGCGCUUCAUUAACUCAUGUCUGAAUUAUGACGGAGGCAUCGGGCUCAGCACUGGCGCUGAAUCGCAUGGCGGGGCAGUAUUCGUUGCCAUCGCGUCGCUGUUUUUGUCUGGACGAGUGAUGCAGCUCAAGUGCGAGCAGUCGGAUCUGGUGCGAUGGCUGGUGUUCCGACAGCAAGGAGGUUUCCAGGGACGAUGCAACAAGAGCCCCGACUCCUGCUACGCCUUCUGGAACGGCGCUACCCUCGACCUCCUGGGCAAACACUCGUUUGUGGAUAUCCCCAGCUGCAAGAAGUUUAUCUACUCGUGUCAGUUCCCCUUCGGUGGAUUGUGUAAAUACCCCGACACCGUUCCCGACGUGAUGCAUUCGUACCUUAGCCUGGCGUGGUUAAGUAUCGCGGUAAAUUCAAACACGAUCGUGGUCGAUGGAGAGGAGCUUCCUAAACUUGCACCUCUGGACACGAAGCUCCAAGUGCCGUUUUUCCCAAAGCUCCACGGCACGACAAAAAAGUGA